AUGGCCAGUCCUACCGUUCUCACUUUUGACGCUGAGGGCCGUCCGAUUAAGUUUGACGUUUGGCUCGAUGACCUGCACCUGUUCCUCCAGAUCACUGCCAAGGACGAUGUUUCCCUGUUUGACCACACGUCCGGCGUCGCUCCCGCACCUGCUGCUACUGCUGACAGUACGGCUCGCUCACAGUGGCAGACCCGUGACGCUCACGCUCGCCUAGCCGUUCGCAGCCACCUGCCGUUAGAUGAGCGCGAGCAUUUUGGCCAGCAUAAGACCGCUCAGGAGCUGUACAAUGCUGUAGUUGCGCGCUACUCCUCCCCUGCUACUGCUGCGAUAGGCCGUCUCUCGCUGCCCUAUCUCUUCCCCGAUCUGUCCGCCUUUGCCACUGUAGCUGACCUUAUCACUCACCUCCGUACUAGGAUGUUCCCCCUCCCCCUUCUCCCCUCCAUUGCAUCUGCUGCUGCUGUCGACUACCUCGGUGCUGAGGAGGUCGGGGCUGCGUCUGCUCCUAGUGGGAGGCGCAAGGGCGGCAGGGGCAAGGGGGGCAAGGGUGGCGGAGGUGGCGGCGGGGGCGGCGGUGGUGGUGGGGGUGGAGGGGGCGGGGGUGGUGGCGGUGGUGGGAGUGGUGCUGGUGGUGGGGGGGUCAGUGGCGGAGGCGGGGGUGGUGGCGGCGGCGGUGGUGGGGGUGGCGGGGGUGGUGGUGGUAGUGGUGGCGACAGUGGAGCUGGUGGCGGGCGCGGUGGAGCGGUGCAGCGCGGGGGGUUCGGCGGUGGCCAGAGGCAGCAGCAGCAGCGUCCCAGCGAGACCCUGUCGCCCCAGCAGCUUCGUGAGUGCUACUCUCAGCGUGGGGGGUCUGGGGGUGGAGGUAGCUGCCCGUACGUCAUCCGCACAGGUGACCGCACUGGCCAGACCUGUGGGAGGUUCCACACGGCGCAACGCUGCUUCUUUCGUCUCGACGACGCCUGGCGCGCGCAGUUUCUUGACGCCUCUGAGCUGCCCCGCUGGGCUGAUCUGCUGAAAAAGAACAUUGAUAUCUUUGCUCUUGAUUUUGAUGCUAUCCUUGGUGCCAUCGAGGCUGCCGCUCUAGGUGCUAGUGCGUCUGCUGCCCUAGGUCCUGGUGAGACUGCUGCUCUAGGUGCUAGUGAGUCUGCUGCUCCAGGUGCUCGUGCGUCUGCGCCUGCUGGUACUGCGUCCACUGAGGCACUGCACACCUUCACACUGGACUCGGGUGCUUCCCGCUGCUUCUUUCGUGACCGCACUAUCCUUGAGCAGCUAGCUCGGCAUGUUGCUGUCUCCCUGGCUGACCCCUCUGGGGGCCCGGUCCUUGCGACCUCCUCCACUGUCCUCCCUUGUCCUGCGGUCCCGUCCGGCACCCUGUCAGGUCUCUACCUCCCCUCGUUCUCUACGAACUUGGUGGCGGGCUCUGCUCUCCAGGACGGGGGUGUUCACCAGUUCACCCCUGCCCAUGAGCGUGUGACCCACUGCACGUGUGCUCGGACGGGUCGCCACCUGGCUACCUUCACUAGGCAGCCGGGGUCGGACCUGUACACACUGACCACUGAGUCCCCUCAGGUAGCUGCGUCUGCGUCUGCGUCAGGUCAGCUGUCGGCCCCCUCGUGUCGCACCCUGUCGCACCAGACCGUCCUCUGGCACCACCGCCUUGGUCACCCGUCAGUGCAGCGCCUUCGUGGCAUGCACUCCCGGUACCUUGUCUCUGGUCUUCCCAGGACCCUGCCUCCCCUGCCACCCUCCCCUGCCCCUCCCUGCCUUCCCUGUGUCGAGGGGCGGCAGCGCGCCGCCCCUCACUCCUCCUCGUUCCCCCCGACAGAGGCUCCCCUGCAGACUCUCCACUUGGACGUGUGGGGCCCAGCCCGCGUCCGUGGACAGGGCGGCGAGCGCUACUUCCUGCUGGUGGUUGACGACUACACGCGUUACACCACGGUCUUCCCCUUGCGUACCAAGGGUGAAGUCCCUGAUGUUUUGAUCCCUUGGAUCCGCAACAGUCGUCUCCAGCUGCACAAGCGCUUCCACACGGACUUUCCUGUCCUGCGUCUGCACUCUGACAGAGGUGGUGAGUUUUCCUCCGACCUCUUGAGGGCCUUCUGUCAGGGGGAGGGCAUUGAGCAGUCGUUCACGCUUCCGGCCUCUCCUCAGCAAAAUGGGGUUGCUGAGCGCCGCAUUGGCUUAGUCAUGGAGGUCGCUCGUACCUCCCUGAUCCAUGCGGCUGCCCCCCAUUUUCUGUGGCCGUUUGCGGUUCGAUACGCUGCGCAUCAGCUCAACCUCUGGCCCCGUGUCUCCGUUCCGGAGACCUCGCCGACACUGCGUUGGACGGGAGAGGUUGGCGAUGCGUCGGUGUUCCGGGUCUGGGGAUCUCGUGCUUUUGUCCGCGAUACGUCCGCGGACAAGCUCUCCGCCCGCGCUGUUCCCUGUGUCUUCCUUGGCUUCACCACUGACGCGCCUGGCUGGUAG